AUGACUGACGUUCCUCUUCCUGAACGCCUUCCAAAGCCAGAAGAACCGAAAGCUGCAGAACCGAAAGCUGCAGAACCACAACAGUCUCCUCAGCAACCUCAGUUCCAGCAAGUACCUCCGAUUUACUACCAAUUUCCACCUCAAGGUUACUACCCACCACAAGGCUUCCCGAACUACCCUCCUCAGCCUAUGCCUUACUUCCCCAACCCUUGGAUGUUCCAGCAAGCUCCACCCCAGCAAUUCCAAUCUCAAUCUCAAUCGAAGAGAGACCAAGACUUCGAAGAAGGUCUGAACCGUUUACGCAAAGAGUAUGCUACAGCUCCAAUGGAAGAAGACAGGCUCUCAGUCUCUUCCCUCAAAUCGACCAAUUCGACUCGUACCACAGAUUCGGUUCGUGACCGUGAAGACUACCUCAAGCAGUCUGAGAGACUCUUCAUCCUACAACCAUUUACAGUUGGAGCUCUCAAGAACAUGCGCAAUUACGAAGGUCAGACACCAGCUGGAGACCGCAAAACAGACAUACUCGCAAGAGCAGUCCAACUGGUCAAGACAAAGACCGAGAUAGUCGACUUCAUUCUUGCAGCUUGCCCAUACAAGUAA